UAAAAGAUUAUUAAUAUAUAAAAAAUGGUAUCACCAACCCUGCCUCUGCUUGUAAGGACCCGUGGUCCCGAUGAAUUUUGGCGCAAGAGGAAAAUCUUCAAAUUGGCAGCGCAUUAUCGUGGCCGUCGCCGUAAUGUUUAUUCCAUUACCAUUAAAAAUGUCCACCGCGCCUUGGUCUACGCCACCAAGGGACGCAAAUUGAAGAAAUUGGAUAUGAAAGAGUUAUGGGAUACCAGACUGCAGGCCGGCUGUGAACAAUAUGGCAUUUCAAUUGAAACUUUCAAAGAUUGCUUGGCCAGAAAUAAUAUUUUGUUAAAUAGAAAAGUCCUAUCGGAUUUGGCCAUCUGGGAACCGAGAUCAUUUGAGGCAUUGGUGAAUUUGUCUCGUGAAAGAGCUGUCGUUGAAACUCUGCCCGGUCUAAAUGAACGUUCGGUUAUGAAUCAAGUCUAUGGGCUGGCCAAUUUGAAAAUUAAAUAAA